CCGAAGCGCGGGCAAGUGGCUGGCCGCGAAAUUGGCGACCCGAGUGGUGGGGUAAGGUGUCCGGCGCUUUCUGUUGUUUUGUUUAAUCGAUAAGACUGAAAUUUUUCGGGUGGGUUGAGUGCAUUUUAGCUUGUUCUUUAGACCAGGCUCAACAAAAAUCAUGUGCAAAACAUAGCAUAGUGAAAAAAAAAAAAAAAACACACAACGAAAGAAAUCGUUUGUUGCUCAAUAAUGCAAUAAAACCUUAGACGUUAAGGCAGUGUUGCAGUUGUCGAAGCUGCUGCUGGGACAGCCGUAGCUCUAUCCCACAACCCCGUGUUGCUGUCUGCACCCUGGUAUUAGCUGUCCUUCUCCCCCCACAGUGUACUAGUCUUUCCAAAACUUGUGCUUUGGUGUUGCUCGUUUCCAGCCCCUCCACUUAAUUUUCUGCUGAUUUGGCCCCCCAAACAGUCCUGUCACCCAGGCUGCAGUGGGCCGUGGCACCAAGGAAAGGGCCCAGAGCAUGGUAAGCUCAAUGGGUGUGCUUUGAGGCCUAAUUAAAUGUGUUGCAAACCUCGUAACUAUCUGCCUUAAACUGGUAAGGCUUCUUUUAAAAAAGAUGCCAUUGUUUAUCUGUCUAUGCUUUAGUCUUACCCAGUCACAGGAAAACUACCCGCGCUUUGGGAACACGAAGGACACAUGCACGAUAGUUUAAAAUCUAUUCACACAGCUGUAUGCUUUUAAACCGUAAUUAAGGCAAUCACUUCUCACUUUCAGCUUUAAUCGGUUUAUCCCACUCUCACCAGCACAAGUUCCUUGCUCCAGGUAUCACAAGACUGCUUUAUAAACUGAUGUUAGGUUCCGACUACCCCGCACCUUGGUAGCUGGAUGAAAGACAGAUGUCCGCAUGUGUCACCCAGACUGGAACAAUGUGGCUUCCCUGCAGGCACACUUCACCAGUUUGCAGUCUUCCCCUUGCUCUUUUCCAGUGCAUCCCAUUAGGACUGUGCCUCUGUUCUGUCAGACGUGCUGUGUCUUUAUGCACUGAGGAAGCGGCUCUCGCGUAGGCAGCCCUGUCAGAGCAGCAGAUCUACUCCACGUUCUGCGCAGGGGUGUCCCUGAAACAUGGCAGUCAAAUGGAUCGGUGGACACUUGUCCUCUAUACUGUGCUUGAAUGUAAACAUGGAAGGGCUGGUGGCUUCGGGUGCGGAGAGAGGCGAGCUCACGCUGUGGGAUGGGGGAGGCGCUCCGGCUGGACAGCUCCAGCUCCCGAAGGCAGACGAUGUGACCUCCGUGGUGUUCUCUCCCCGCCGUCCCACCAGGCUGUACGCCUCCCACGGAGAAACUAUCAGUCUGCUGGAUAUCCGAUCCCUCAAGGAGCCUGUUGAACGCUUCCAUGUGAAUGAGGAGGAGAUCAACUGCCUCUCAGUGAACGAGACCGACAGUUUCUUGGCUGCGGCAGAUGACUCGGGGACCAUAAAGGUUAUGGACUUGGAAAACAAGAAAGUCAGCCGGUCCUUGAGACACUCCAACAUCUGCUCCUCUGUUGUCUUUCGACCUCAGAGGCCUCAAAGCCUUGUUUCCUGUGGACUGGACAUGCAGGUUAUGCUGUGGAACCUGCAGAAAGCUCGCCCCUUGUGGACCACAAACCUGCAGGAGUGUGAAACGGAGGAAGACAGUCCGCAGUCAGCUGGCCAGUUCUUUAACCCGCCACUUGCACAUUCCCUGUCUGUCGCAUCGUGCGGCAACAUCUUUGGCUGCGGAGCUCAAGACGGUAAAGUCAGAAUAUUCAGAGUCACCGGUGUCAAGUUUGAACGUGAGCUGGAGUUUCAAGGUCACAGUUUGGGAGUAUCACAGGUCCUCUUUAUGCCAGGAGCGUACUGGUUGUUGACUGGAGGAAAUGAUGGGAAAGUCUUGCUCUGGGAUGUCGGCAGUGAUGUUGGAAAGCAGCAGAAAAGUCCAGCAAAAUCUCUGCAGAGAAGGAAGGGCCAAGCACCUGCUUCCACCAGAAAAGAUGGAAGGCUCAGCAAAGUGGCUUCAAAUGAACAUGCUACAGUUUUACCAAAGCUAAGCAUUGAGCAUGGAGAGAAGGUGAACUGGAUCUCCUGUGCAGAGAUCAAAGGCUCCAAGAGAGUAUUAGUUGCUGAUCAGAGUAGUUCUGUAUCUGUGUAUCCAUUGCCAGAACUUUAGACACUGAGAUGUUUAAAGAAAUUUGUGGGGGAAAACCACUUCUCAGAGUGUUUUGAAAUGAGUCCAGUUACAUUUGCUGGUAGUGAACUGAACGGUGAAACCUGCUGCAUCCUUUGGAAGGGGAAGGGGUUUGCUGUGUACUCAUGCAAGUGCUCAUGAUGUAACUGGCCUCACGUUAUGUUUUUCGGCAGCUGUUGGUAUUCACUGCAGCUGUUUCUUGCAGGGUUGGCAGUUUGCUUCUGGAAUUUAAGUGAAACGGGUUUCAGUUUAUUUAGGGGUAAUAUUAGCUCAUGACUAAGCUGACGUAAUUAAGGUUGGGGGAAGAAUUCAUGCUAAUGGGAGCACCCACAAAGCUAAAUGAGGAUGCAGAGCAGUAACAAUGUCAUUGGCUGAGCUGCUUGCAUUUUGAACUAUUGCAGUGCUUUACAGUGUUCCCCCCAUGAAACUGUGUCACAGUUAGCUUAAAUUGGCCAUAGUGGAAAUAUAUUUUUCAUUAGUUUGUCAGCAGCUUUAUAUAAGACUGGAGAAGCAUCAACUAAUGAGUAAUCAGAUUAGUUCAACUGUCAUUGCCAAUUGGAUUCUCUCACACUGCAGUAAAUGAAGGAGCGGGGGAAAAUGUUAACAUCUGUUUAAUGGGUCAGCUGUCUUAUGCAUUUAGUUAUUUAUCCCAGGGAAAAAUAACUAUUACACUUGUCUUAAUAAAUGCUUUCUUUCUCACCGC